AUGCCAGAACUCGUCCUCUGCGGCAGCCCUCCACCUGCGACGCCGCCCUCGGCCCACCUCGACUCCAUCGACGCCGCCCUCAACACCUACGCCGCACCUACGCUCCGCAGCCUCAAGAUCGACGUCAGCGGAGUCGACCGGUGCGACGUCCCCGCGUACCGUAUCUCUCUAUGGCUCCGCUUCGCCUCCCAGCGCAUCGCUGGCAAGCUACGCCUCCGUAUCGAUCUGAAGGAAGAUGCCCGAAGGUACAGGGAUAUGAAGGAGGAGCUCGCGCUGCCCAUCUGCGAUAGAGCUACGGAGAUCCACCUCAGAUUCCUCCCAGAAGUUUUUCUCCGGCCGCCGCCGACCGGCUCCUUCUCGGCCCUGACCGAUCUGAUGAUAUCAUGCGGCCAAAUGGACGGCGGCGAGCUGGAGCGCGCCGUGUCCUCUCCGCAGUGUCCGCGCCUGCGGAAGCUCUAUAUCUAUGUGCCGAAUCUUGUCCCCGUCUGCGACGUCUCCAUUUGUUCGGAAUCUCUCGAGUGUCUCGACUACAAUGCCAUGAAAACCGGCAAGCUGGAGGUCAACGCCCCAAUGCUACAAGAGAUUUCUGUGAGUCACGCUGCUGAGGCUUGCAUUAUUGCCCCGAAGCUGGAGAUGGUUAGGUGGAGCGGCGAGUAUAAUCCUGGCCUCCACCAGUUUGCUGUGUCCGGGCGUCAUCUUCAGUCACUAUACAUCAUGCACUCGUCCUUUCUUGGAAUGCUGAUAUCGUCCACACAACUGAUGAAGAGAUAUGAUUCUGCCAAGGAGUUGAUAGUUUCUCACGGACUUUAUCAGGAAAUAGUUGGAUAUGUGACCUUCCUGAUGGAAAUGGAUAAGCUUCCAAUAUGUGAAUCCCUUAUAAUUCUUUUGCUGGCGAAUCACCAUGCUCUUGCAGCAAUGAUGUUUCAUCUCCUUAGGAGAUGCAGCUGUAUCAGGAAAUUGAAAUUAUUUCUUGAUCAGUUUAGUCCACCGAAGAAGACAUCUUGUUCUGUGUCAGGCUGUCCUUGUCUUCUGCCAGAGAAUUACAGGCUGGAUGGUAUCACAUUUGAUUCACUUGAAGAGAUUGGAAUCAAAUUCUUUACAGGUUCAGGUGAACUGGAGCAAUUUAUGAAAUUGUUGCUGUCUAAAUGCAACACGGCAACCCUUAAAAGGGUAGACAUUACCGUACCACUUGCCCCUGUUUCUUCGGAGAUCAUGGAGGCUGUUGAAAGGAUCCGCAGUGUGUGCCAUCCUAACAGCAAGACCCAAUUUAACGUGCAUGCCAGGGAGGCGGUGAAGCCAUUGGCCCCCUAA